GUCAAUGAGAUUUGCUCCCACCUGAAACGACCAGAGAGUUGGGGUUACGACGUGAGCCGAGGUCACUAUCGCCGGUUGAUUUUUGUACCAACACUUGAUGAACAGUGUGUUUCUGCCCUGGUAGAGAACGCAACAUAUCAUGAAGCUGAGGUACUUCGUCGUGCAGUUCGAAUGCACGCCUCAUCUUCAACUCGUAUUCAAGUACAUGUUCCUUGAGCCCCUCAGAACUGACUACUCGCUGCAUGAUGGAUCCAUAACAGUUGUCAUCAGCGGGUUUUGUGAUCAGUCGUGGUACGGAUACGCCUUUGGAUCUAUGAACAGAUCAGACGACACCGAAGAGUACCUAUACGAUUCUGGUGAUUUUGCCGAUGUAGAUGAGUCCACUUCCGAUAAGGGGAGCCAGUCCGAAGAUUUCUUCGAACCAGACUUCUUCGCAACGGACGGGCGUGAGCCGUUUGCAAUCUCGCCAGAUACAAUAUGGGAUCCCAGGGUAUAUUUCCUUCAAACAAUACGAUUUAGGCUUGAGAUCACAGUUCAAGCCAACGAGUAUCUUGUUAGAAAAUUGGAAGACUGCUUAGAGGCGGGGAAGACCAAGACGUCCAAAACGCCGUCUCUGUCAGGAUCUCUUGAAUCAAUACUGGUUAUGAUGAAGCUCCUCAGUCGUGUUAGAGAUCAGUUUCAAGAAGCCAAUCAAGUCUGGAAUCGCUUCAGCGCCAGCGAUGGAGACAUUAUGUACUUCGUCGACCUGAGUGUCCAUGACGUUUGCUCGGUUUUGCAUGAGAUUGAGGAAAGUUUUGAUAGAAUGAAAUGUUUAGAAUUACAGGUGGAACGCUUGGUUCAAAAGUCUGAGAUCGAUAUACACAAUCUUCGGCUCCAGAUGGCAGAUGAGAACAACAGGCUGAGCUGGGAGGGCAAUGUUUUAAGUCGCACCAAGACUAAGAUCGAUGUACAGGCGACCGAGAAUGCAGCCAGAUCUGCGGCUCGCUCUUCAGCUGCUGCUGAAGAAACAAGCAGAACAACUCGCGUCAAUAUUCAGCUGUUCAUGAUUACGGCCUCUAUUGUGAUUGCGCUACAAUACUUUUGUUCCGAUCGAGCACUGUUCUCUUUCGAGCGAAAUACCCAAACAUUCUUCAUCAGUAUAGCGGUCUUGAUACCGUCUUUACUCCUGUUGACAUAUCUGUUGCGUGCUAUAGAUGUGCUGCGAGACGUCAUCCUUUCUCGUCUGUCUGGUCAAAUUGCAACCACCUCACACAGUUCGUUCGACUGGGAUUGUUCGGCAAGAGCAUCGGAUGAAAAGAAUCUACAUGAAAAGCAUGGAAAGCUUGUAUAGUUUGCCGGACUUCUUGCUCUUGAUAUCACUUUGUGGCUCAAGCAUAAUCCAGACCAUGAAUAUGAGUGAAUGAUAGAAACGCGUAAAUUGCUCAUAUAGAGUGCAAUAUAACCUUGGGAGAUAGGAAAGUGUCAUCAGUCUGUUUAAGGGGGGAAUCUCAGUUCAUUACUCCUAACAUCGAG